CCGCCGCCCUCUGCGGGAUUCCCGCAGCUGCAGCGGGGCCGGCGGAGCGGGCGGAGAGGGCGGCGGGUCCGGGGCUGUGCGCUGAGGCGCGCGGAAUGUGAGGCUGGGCGGGCCGCUGCGCGCGCGGACGCUCGGACCGGCCCCGGCCGACGACCCCUCGCGGACGCCGGGCCGCGCUCCCGGCGGCAGACUCGCCCUCCCGCUCGCCCUUGGAGCCUCCCGCUGCCCCGCGGCGCGCCGGCGGGACCAUGAAGAAGUUCUCUCGGAUGCCCAAGUCGGAGGGCAGCGGUGGCGGCGGCGCGGCCGGUGGCGGGGCCGCCGGGGCGGGGGCCGGCGGCGGCUCCGGCGGCUCCUCCGUGGGGGUCCGCGUGUUCGCCGUCGGCCGUUACCAGGUCACCCUGGAGGAGUCGCUGGCCGAAGGGGGAUUCUCCACAGUUUUCUUGGUGCGGACUCAUGGAGGAAUCCGAUGUGCAUUGAAGCGAAUGUAUGUCAAUAACAUGACAGACCUCAACAUUUGUAAAAGGGAAAUUACAAUAAUGAAAGAGCUAUCUGGUCACAAAAAUAUUGUGGGUUAUUUGGAUUGUGCUGUUAAUUCAUUUAGUGAUAAUGUAUGGGAAGUUCUUAUCUUAAUGGAAUACUGUCGAGCUGGGCAGGUUGUAAAUCAGAUGAAUAAGAAGCUGCAGACAGGUUUUACAGAACCCGAAGUGCUACAGAUCUUCUGUGAUACUUGUGAAGCAGUUGCAAGGUUGCACCAGUGUAAGACUCCAAUAAUUCACCGGGAUCUCAAGGUAGAAAAUAUUUUGUUAAAUGAUCGUGGAAAUUAUGUACUUUGUGACUUUGGUAGUGCCACUAAUAAAUUUCUCAAUCCUCAAAAAGAUGGAGUUAAUAUAGUAGAAGAAGAAAUUAAAAAGUAUACAACUCUGUCAUACAGAGCACCUGAAAUGAUUAAUCUUUAUGGAGGGAAACCCAUCACCACCAAGGCUGAUAUCUGGGCCCUGGGAUGUUUACUGUAUAAACUUUGUUUCUUCACUCUUCCUUUUGGUGAGAGUCAGGUUGCCAUCUGUGAUGGCAGCUUCACCAUCCCAGACAAUUCUCGGUAUUCUCAUAACAUACAUUGUUUGAUAAGGUUCAUGCUUGAACCAGAUCCAGAGCAUAGACCUGAUAUAUUUCAGGUGUCUUAUUUUGCAUUUAAGUUUGCCAAAAAGGAUUGUCCAGUCUCCAACAUCAAAAAUUCCUCUAUUCCUUCAGCUCUUCCUGAACCAAUGACUGCUAGUGAAGCAGCUGCUAGGAAAAGCCAAAUGAAAGCCAGAAUAACAGAUACCAUUGGACCAACAGAAACCUCAAUUGCACCAAGACAAAGACCAAAGGCCUACUCUGCUACUACUAAUAUGUUGACCAUUCAGAGUUCAACAACACCUGUUAAAGUCCCUGUUCCUGAUGAAUUCAGUAACCACAGACCAAAAGCACUGAGACCUGGAAAUAGUUCUGAAGCGUUACUGAGUCAGGGGCUCCCUCAGCAGCCUCCACAGCAGCAUAGAGUACUUCAACAACUACAACAGGGAGACUGGAGAUUACAGCAACUUCACUUGGAGCAUCCCCACCCUUACCAGCAGCAGCAGCAGCAGCAGCAGCAGCAGCAGCAGCAGCAGCAGCAGCAGCAGCUACUUCAGGAUGCUUAUAUGCAGCAGUAUCAACAUGCAGUGCAGCAGCAACAGAUACUUCAACAACAGUUUUUAAUGCAUUCAGUAUAUCAGCCACAACCUCCUGCAUCACAGUAUACUACAAUGAUGCAGCAGUAUCAGCAGGCUUUUUUACAGCAACAGAUGCUAGCUCAGCGCCAGCAGUCUCAACAUCAGGCAUCACCUGAAUAUCUUACCUCCCCUCAAGACUUCUCACCAGCCUUAAUCUCCUGUGCUUCAUCACUUCCAGGUCAGGUUGGAACCAAGGAUGCCUCUUACAGUGCCAAUAGUAGAUCAAUUGCUGAAAAAGAGGCAAUGGCAACUCUUAAAGAUCAGAAGAACAUAAAUAACCCACCUGAUAUGUCAGGGUGGAAUCCUUUUGGAGAAGAUAAUUUUUCCAAUUUAACAGAAGAGGAACUGUUGGACAGAGAAUUUGACCUUCUAAGAUCAAACAGGCUCAAGGAGAGAGCAUCCUCAGAUAAGAAUGUAGACCCACUUUCUGCACCACUUAACCAUCCUCCAGAAGAUGCUUUUGGUUCUGUUCCUUUCAUUUCUCACUCAGGUUCUCCUGAAAAGAAAGUUGAGCAUUCAUCCAUGAGUCAAGCAAACAGCACUGAAAGCCCUGUCAAAAAUGGAAAAGCAAGUCCAAUACCUAAAGAUCAGAGGACUGGAAAGAAAACCUCAGAGAAUUCACCUGUACGGAGCCAAGGGCAAAAGGGGAAUGAUGACUCCGAAAGUGAUUUCGAAUCAGAUCCACCUUCUCCAAAGAGCAGCGAGGAGGAAGAGCAAGAGGAGGAAGAGGUUCCGGGAGAACAAGGAGAUUUUAAUGAUGAUGAUACAGAACCGGAAAACCUGGGUCAUAGGCCUCUUCUCAUGGAUUCUGAAGAUGAAGAAGAGGAGAAACACAGCUCUGAUUCUGAGGAGUAUGAGCAGGCUAAAGCAAAGUACAAUGACUUGAGAUCACCCCAAGAUGCUAAUACAGUGCUCCACACCCCAAUUCAUUUACCCUCCAGUGUUGGGGUAGAGACUCUGACACCGGAGUUCGAUGUGUUUGGCGCAGUCCCCUUCUUUGCAGUCCGUACUCAGCAACCCCAACAAGAAGGUGAAGGGAAUGGCUCUCACCAGAUGUUUCCUCCGGUGGGGCCAGAGCAAGAGGAAUUCGAUGUGUUCACCAAGGCACCCUUCAGCAAGAAGAUGAGUGCACAGGACUGCUCUGUGCUGGGGCCUGAGACACAUACUCUCCUUAGUCGCUCCCAAAGUGUUGAUAUAUUUGGCUCCACUCCCUUUCAGCCCUUUUCCACCCCAAGUAAAAGUGAAAGCGGGGAGGACCUUUUUGGACUCGUGCCAUUUGAGGAAAUCACUGGGAGUCAGCAGUACAAAGCCAAGCAGCGCAGCUUACAGAAACUCUCCUCUCGCCAGAGGCGCACGAAGCAGGAUGCGUCCAAAAGUAAUGGGAAGCGGCACCAUGGCACCCCCACGAGCGCAAAGAAGACCUCGAAGCCCACCUUCCGCACUCCGGAGAGGGCUCGCAGGCACAGGAAAGUGGGCCGCCGAGACUCCCAGAGCAGCAACGAGUUCUUAACCAUCUCGGACUCCAAGGAGAACAUUAGCGUCGCACUGACGGACGGCAAAGAUAGGGGGAAUAAUGUUCUACAAGCUGAAGAGAGUCUGUUGGACCCUUUUGGUGCCAAGCCUUUCCAUCCUCCAGACCUGGCCUGGCACCAAUCUCACCAGGGCCUGAGUGACAUCCGUGCUGAUCACAGUACUGUCCUGCCUGGGCGGCCAAGACAGAAUUCACUACAUGGGUCAUUCCACAGUGCAGAAGCGUUGAAAAUGGAUGACUUUGGUGCCGUGCCCUUUACAGAACUUGUGGUGCAAAGCAUCACACCACAUCAGGCCCAGCAGGCCCAAACAGUCGAAUUAGACCCAUUUGGUGCUGCUCCAUUUCCUUCUAAACAGUAGAUACUUCUGCUGGAUGCUCGGCAUUAACUCCUGUUUGAAAAGAGUAUGAAUAGUUUUAUGAAUUUAAAAGAAAAUUUAUUUGUAUAGCUCUUUAUAUCAUUCAUUCUUACAGGUUAAUCAGGCUAGGUGAUUUUUAAAAUAAACCAAAUAGAAAAAGGAAGUAACUCUACAGGGUAGUAACUUUGGAGGCCACAUCCAAGGAGAGGAGAGCUAAAGUGAAAGCUCAACAAGUUUCUCCUUCUUGACACCAUGGCACAGAAUUGCAAGCAUAGUACUUCCGGUGGAAGCCUGUGGCACCUGUCUAGUUGUGUAGUCAUGAGAGAGGACAGACAGGAGCUGGAUAGCAUUAGUUUCGAUAUGAGAAUUUCACUUGUGUGCAUAUCCCAGGCUCAUUCCACAUCUAGCAUUUAAAACUAGGCUGAUUUGUACAUAUAUAGGUUGCAUAUAAGGUCUUUUCUAAUUUCCAUACAAUAAAAAAAUUACUUCUCUCAAAAAAUUAGCAAGGUACCUGGAAAGUGUAUAGAUUUUACUUCAAGUACCUUUCUCUACAGAGCGGAGCCAGAACUAUUGUGCCUAAAACUAUUGUGUUAAAAAAAAAAGUGCCAUUAAUAUGGACUAUCUAAUAAUAUGUGAAAUAAUGUAUAUAUUAGCUCAUUAGACCUCUACAGUGUAUGUAUGCAUAUUUCAGAACAUGUCAUACAUGAUAAAUACAUAUAAUUUUUGUCAAUCAAAUACAUUUCAAAAACCUGGAAUAAUUAAUGGGCGUCUAGAGAAAUAUCUAGCAUUUGAAAAAUAAUGAAAGGGGAGGAAAGAAUUCAACACUUUAGAAACAUUUUGUUUUAUCAUAUCCUUAAUGAAGCAAAGUACUGAAAAAAUUGGGAGUGAGGACAAGGGUUAUAUAAAAAUUUUAUUUCAGGAAAAAAUAUGUAGCUGAAACCUUGAAUUUUUUAAAUGUUUACAAUGUAAAGUCAUUUUGCAUUUAAUAAUGUACUUUAUUAAUUUCUACCUUCAUCAGAUAUUUUCCAUUAGAAGUAACAAUUAUUUUGCUUUGGUUUAGAGGGCGGAGUAGUUUUAAUAGUGCACACAACAGUGACACCCAUAAAGCCUUAUAGGCAGGACUCACACAUCCUGCUACAAGUACCUCUGCACUAAUACCAUAUCUGCCAGUGGAUUCAAGGGUUGCAUGAGGGGCUAGCGUCUUAAUCUGCUAGCUCGCUGUAUCUUUAGAGAAAAGAACCCAGCUACCAAAUUGCCUUUUUUUUUUAAGAGAUCACAAAUCCUAAGUAUAAACUUGAGAUUUUAUAGAAAUUGUGUUUAAUGAACUAAUGUGAAUACAGUAUCUUGUGCUUCCUGCUUGAAGUUAUAGUGUUUUCCCUGUCAGACUAAUAUUUGGAGUUUCUUGAGCUGUUAAAGCUAUUUACAAACAGGAGUGGAAACUAUAAUCUGGCAUUCUCCUGAUUGCUACAUUUUUAAUUCUCUACAUUCAAUUAGAAUCUCUUAACUAUAGUGCCCUAGUUAGGUUAGUUUUUGCUUCUUUUCAUUCUUAAACUUGGAAAGAAGCAAAAUUUAUGUAACUGACUACAUACUCAUUUUUUUAUUUGUCUUUUGUAUGCUAUGUCAGACAGUAGAGGAUGGGGAAGCUGCGUGAAUCACAAUGUAGCACAGGUGUAUCAAGCACUAUAUAUCACUAUUUACAGCUGUGCUUUAGAGUGGACUACACCAAUUACUGUCCUUAUGCCAAAGGGAAAUAUGUUUGCACCUUUUUUUUUUUUCUGAUUCUCAGGUUGAUUAAUAUUGGUAAUGCAAAUGCUUAAGUAGAUUUUUCUUUUGCAAUAGGUUCAAAGUGACUCUUUUAAAGAGAAGACUUGAUUACACAUAGUAAUCCAUGUGCCACAAUAGGAUUUUAUCAAGUAGAACUCAAAGAAAAAUGGAAAUCUGUUGGUUAAGGAGUACACAUCACAAUACCUUAGAAAGAUAGCUGAACUAAUGUGAACUUCUUGGAAUGUAAAUAUGAAAUACAUUAUUUUACUUGCUCUUCUACACACUGAAUAAUUUUAAGUGCUUCAGACACUGAUGCAGACCCUUUGCCUUAUAAUAUUGGAUAAACUAUUCUUAAAAUGUUAAUUUUUUUAUGAUAUUAUAGCAUUUCCUCUCGAUUGUAGCUCAAAAUUUUAAGACAUAAUUUCUGAUCUAAUGGGACAGAAAUUGGGCAAAUUCCAUGUGGUAAAAUUUACAGGCAUUUUACCAAGGUAUAGAGAUUUUACUUUUCAUUUUCAUUUAUCACCUCCACAUUAGCACAGUCAAAAUGUAGGUCACUCCAUAGAGCUGUUGCUCGAUAAUUUCCUUAUGAGAAUUAAGUUCCCGUGGCAAGUGAAAACAGUAAUGACCCGCACAGAGCACUCAGUGAAAAUUUGGUUCUAUCAUGGAAUGGUCCAAUUCUGAUUUAAGGAAGGACUGGUGGAAAUGAAAUUAAUUCUUAGCAUUAUUUGAGUGCUCCCUGUGCCUCUAAGGGCGAGAUGUAGUCGCAACUCUAAACCUGCUAUACUUGAACAUCACUAAGCAAGUAACACGAAGCUGGCAAAACUCUGAGGCCAAAGUUGUUUUCUAACAGCUUUAAUAGUAUUUGUUCAUUUUGAAUCAUCUUUUUUAAAAAAGUGGACCAUUUGCUCAUCUUUUACUACUUUAGUAACAUGUUAGUAUUUAAAAGGUCAACUUUCAUGGCAUUAAUGUAUUUGCUAGGACACAAAAAUUGAUGUGUGUGUAUACACACACACACACACACACACACAUCAAGGAGGAAAAGUAACUGAUUAGUAUUUAUUCAGAAGUGUAACCUUUGCCAUCCCUGGGUAUCUGUGUAUUUGGGCAUAGUUAUGACAUCUGAUCUGCAGGAAGAUGCACCUUUUGGUCCUAUUGUUUAUAGACUGUUCUCAUCUUGCUAGUGGAAAAUACUAAGGUGGGACCCACUCUUCUAUGCUUAUAGUCAUUAUGCACAGUUUUCUGACUACUCAGCUACCUGGCUGGGUUUCUUUUAGGUUUUGGUACUUCACAUAAACACUGUUAGAAGGUACAAGUAUAUUAAAAUCACUAGUAGUCUGAAGAGUUUGGGUACAUUUGUUUUAAUAUAUGUAGAAUGUGCAGUGAACUUUUUUCCUUUUUAGUAAAACUAUUUGUUAUUUUAGGUCCAAUUACUGUGAGAAUGAGAUGAUAUAUCUACUGUGAGAAUUACCAUAAAUGAUAGUUUAUUUGAAAACUUUUAUACUCAGUGGUGUUUUAUAUAUUAAGACACAACUAUAUAUAGACACAUGCAUGCACAUCACAUCUCUCUACUGUGGAGUUAAUGUGAAUUUUUAAAAAAUGGAAUUGCAAUCACAAUCAUAUCUAAAACAACAUUCACUCCUGGAGAGGUUUAUAAAAACCACUAAAAGAAAGUUGAUGAAAAUGCAAAAGAUUGUUAUUUUUGGUUAUUUUUAUUUUAAAAUUUAUAGUGCUAAUUUUGAAAGAAUUGUUUUAUGCUAUUUUUUGUGAUUGAGAAGUCAUCUAAUAGCAGUAUAGAAGCUACUUUUUUAAUUGCUGGAAAACAGCUUUAAGUGCACUUUCUUUGAUUACACUUCCAUUUUGUGUUAAACUUGAAUUUUCUGAAGCCUUUUAUGUACCACUAAGCAAAUAACUUUACCCUUUAAAUAAAUCAGAUUUACAUCUUUGUUAUAUUUCUAAUUGUUAUGAAAUAUAUGUGCUAAAGUAACUUCAGUCUUCAAAUAUUGCUGGGAAACUGGUAUGAAUCAAUUUUCCCCCUUGUAUAUCUAAUUAAGCACUAAUUUUAUUACUUUAUUGCCUUUACAUUGAUUAUUCUUGAUUCUGUCCCUGAUUCACUUUUGUUUGAAGUUUAUUUUCUUACUGUAUUUAUCAUACCUACUGUUUUAGUAAUCUGCUUUCUUUAAAUGCAAUAAAUCCCAAAAGGACUGCCUAUUCUUUAUAA